GGAAAUAGAAAUUGUUUGUGUAAAGAAUUGUUCUUUGUAAUAACCGCAGACUAGGACGAUGAGCCUUUUACUGCUGAUAGUAUCCGCUAUUAGUGUUAUUAUAUUCUAUAAGAUAGUAUUGAUAGUGUAUUCUCAUUAUACUAUGCGGAAAAAACUCAGCCAUAUUCCCGGAACCAUGGAUUAUUCUUUCUUGGAAACAUUAUAUGAUGUGGUCAAGCCUCUGGAUGAACAUAUGAAAUGUUUUCUAUCGCUUCUACAGAAAAACAAAAAUGGGCUUUACACAAUUUGGAUAGGUCAACAACCAGUAGUUUUCAUAUUUAAACCAGAAUUUUUAGAAAGCAUUUUCCAAGCUAACACACAUGUCGAGAAAGGGGAACUAUAUGAUUCCAUAAAACUAUUUCUAGGUAAUGGGCUUCUUACUGCUCCAGUUAAACAGUGGUACAGAGAUAGAAGAAUACUUUUGCCUGUAUUUCAUUUUAAUAUAUUGGAACAAUUUGCGGUCAUCAUGUCCGAAAAAACGGAAAUUAUAAUAAAAUGUAUUGAAGAAAAGUUAGCAGAAAAUUCGACGAAAAUUGUUGAUAUUCUUCUAUUUAUGCAAAAGCUCGCUUUCAACAUUAUAUGUGAAACUAUGAUGGGUGUAAAUGUAGAUGAUGAAGAAAUUACGUCAUAUCGAUUGACUAUGAACAGAUUUCUUAAACUACAAAAAUUGCAUAUGCAUCUACAGUGGCUGCGCAUGCAUGAUUGGAUGUAUUAUUUAAUACCCUAUGGAAAAGAAUAUAAAGCAGUAAUUAACAAUAUGAAUAGUAUUACGAAUAAGAUAAUACAAAAGAAGAAAGUUGCGCGUAUAAAGAACAAUAAAUCACAAAAUGAGGAGGAUGAUACACAAGGUGAUGAUUCCAAUACACAGGAUAAGCAGAAAAGAAAAGCCUUUAUAAAUCUUUUACUGGACAUGAAUGAGAAAGACGGCGUUUCAUUAACUGAUGAAGACUUGAGAGCACACGUGUCUACAUUCAUUUUAGCAGGUCAUGACACAACAGCGGUUUCGAUUAGUUGGGCGCUCUUUUGUAUAGGCAAUGAUCCUCAAUGUCAAGAAAAGAUUCAUGAAGAGCUAAAGGAGAUUUUCAAAGAUUCGCAAAGACCAGCCAGCAUAAAGGAGCUUUCACAAUUAAAAUAUCUCGAAAGGGUUAUAAAAGAAUCGCGCAGAUUAUAUCCAAGCAUACCCAAUAUUGUAAGAAAAACAUCAGAAGAUGUAAAAAUGGGCAAUUAUGUAAUCCCGAAAAAUACUUUGGUCUCAGUGCCAAUCAUGUUGAUACAUCGAAAUCCAGCAGUCUGGCCGGAUCCAUUAAAGUUUGAUCCGGAUCGUUUUCUACCUGAGAAUUUAAAGCAGGUACAUUCGUACGCUUACAUCCCGUUUAGCGCUGGAUCAAGAAAUUGCAUCGGACAGAAAUUUGCUGCAAUGGAAGAAAAAAUCGUAUUAGCAGCAAUACUCAGAAAAUGGAGAGUGAAGAGUAUGAAAAAGCAUGAGGAAAUGACCAUGCACAAUUUUGCAGUUUUGCGACCAAGUGAAGAAUCUAUAUAUCUUCAAUUAUUGCCGUGGAAAUAAAGAGCUCUAACAUAUAUGUUUUAUGCUAAAAAUACACGAUUUAUUAUAAUUAAUCAGACUUUAGAAACAUAUGAUGAGAAUUUAUAAACAAAAAACUUGCUUUACUUCUUUUUCUGUACAAUCUUAUUGUAUUACAAAACAGCUAUUUAUUGUAUGGAGUAUCGCUGAUCUAUAAAUUACCCUAAAUGCGUAGCGUGUACAAAUACACUAGUAUAAAUUUGCCACAGCAAAUGUCUAAUUUAAAUUGCAGUAGAUGUCGUAGAAUUCAACGAAAUAUGUUCAGACACAAAAGAAAAAUUAAAGUAAAUAAAGAAAGACAACAUGCCAGAACCAGGCGAGCGAGAUAGAAUUGUGUUAAUUUUUUGAGUCGAGAAUAAGAGACUUUUUCGUUGUAUUUUGUGCGUGCGUAAAACUGUAGAAUUCCGUACGUCACAGCCAAACUGUCGUAAAUCGUAUUUUGUUUUGCACAAAACAUAUGAUUGUUUUGAAAUAUAAUGGAAGUAAAAAAAACAAUAAUCGAGAGAAUAGAUAUUUAUAUUUAAUAGAGGUAAACUAUUUUAAAAAAUUUCAAAAAUUUUUAUUUUAAAAUUAAUUUAUGCACAUAAGAUUGUAACAAGAUAUAAUUAAAAAGCAGAAUAAUUUUACAUAUUGCAAAUAGAAAUAUUUUGUAAAUAUUGUUUGCGAAGAUAUAAUCUAUGGGAGAGAAAUAAAAUGCAAAACUAUGAAAAGAUGUCGUCACCGAAGAGAACGCUGUUAUUGCAUUUAUGCAUGUUUAAAUAAAAUGAAAGUAACACCAUA